GCACUGCUCACGUUGCCUUAACCAGAACUCUCUCCUUCUUAUAGAGGGACUUUACACAGUUGUUUCACCUUGGAAAGGUACAUCAUUCUUAUUUGACGUUUGAUCAGAGGUGUCUACAACAUUAAGAUCUCAGGUGGCACUUAUCAUGCACUGCAAGCUAAUGUAAUCGUUUUAGUCAGCCAACAAGCUAGCUUGGACAGUUACUUCUGGUUAAUGCUGUCGUCAGUGAAAUAGCAGCUAACACAGGAAGCUCGACAUACAAAACUUCCUAGCUAAAUACUUAACUAUUUCUGGUAUCUAAACUGCAUCUCUUACUGGGAUCAAGUCAGCUAUCGUGGAAAGGUACCGACCAUGGCCUCGCGAGCUGGCCCACGAGCAACUGGGACAGAUGGAAGUGACUUUCAGCACCGGGAGCGAGUCGCCUCGCACUAUCAAAUGAGUGUCGCACUGAAAUCUGAGAUCCGCAAGCUGAACAUUGUCCAUGUGAUCAUCUGGCUGCUGAUAUUGGCCCAGGUGACUGUGAGCCAGCUGAACCUGAUCUCGCACGACGUGGUGGCCAGCCCGUACAACUGGGAGUACCCUUAUCUCCUCAGCCUCUUCCCCACCAUCUUCAGCUUCAUGGCCAUGCCCCGCAAUAACAUCAGCUACCUGGUCAUCUCCAUGAUCAGUGCUGGGCUCUUCUGCAUCGCGCCCCUCAUCUAUGGCGGCAUGGAGAUGUUCCCAGUGGCCCAGCAGCUCUACCGCCACGGCAAGGCCUACCGCUUCAUCUUCGGCGUUUCGGCCGUGUCCGUCAUGUACCUGGUGAUGGUAAUCGCCGUGCAAGUGCACGCCUGGCAGAUCUAUUACAGCAAACAGCUGCUGGAUUCUUGGUUCACCUCUACGCAAGACAAAAAGAAGAAAUAGACUGACACGACAGACCAAAAGGAUUGGACAGGAUGUGGUCAUUUCAACAUGCAGUCAGUUAUCCCUCUCCCAUUGAUCCCAGUUUUUUUUAAUAGUUUCAUCACAGCAUGCAGGGUUUAAAAUUGCUCUGCGCUGUUUGAUGAAACAAGGUGUACUGUCUGCCCCUCUUUAAACGUCUUACUCCCAUCAUCUCAUUGCCCAGCCUGGAACAUAGAUUAAAAUGCGCCAAUUACAGACUGUCUUUGGUUUCACCUUCUUGGCUUAAGCUCGACCUGCUUGACUCUUGAUCUGCUCUCCAUUCCUGACAGCUUAUCUACUCAGUGUCUAUAAUCUGUCCGUUCAACGGAUGCCUUUAUGUUUUGUUCGCCAGAGGUGGGGUAGGGUAGGGAUUGUCCUUGGCCAGACGAAGGAUGGAGAAGCAGUUAGGGGAAGCAUAGUAAGGAAUUGUCUGUGCCACAAUGUGUCCACCCUGCGCCUCACCCCCAAACACACACAUUGUUUUCUGUUGCCUGUCUCUUAACUUAAUUUAAUUGGUAAUAAACUAUGGACUGAAAAUA